AAGGAUUUACUGGCAAAAUAUUUGUCAAAUGUGAUCUAUCUUUAAAUGACAAUUUCUUUCGGGAACAAGGUUUUUAGGAUUUUCACACCGUAAAUCUUGUGGCAAGGAAGUCCAAACAGAUUUGCCUCAACCGUUCCUAGACAAUACCUGUAUGUAUGUUAUUACUUUUGUACUUGAUGACGUCACGUGGGGAUACACCCACCAAUGAACUGUCGCGCUUUCCUGUGACAGAAACCUUUUUGCGUGUUUACAUUGUCAGCUAAUCAGUGCUUAUUAGCAAACUUAUUUAUUAAAGCAGAUCUCUGUUGAUGACAGGAUCAGGAACACCAGACAUCAAUACACCUUCUAGGACGGCCAUUACCUGGUGAUUGCGUUGAAGGAGCGCGCAGAGGGAUACUAUUUUACAACAAAAGGAAGGUUUGGGAUAGAUUCAGAUACUUCUUUACAAGGGAUUUGAUUUCUAUCGUUGGGACUUUGCAGUAACAUCGUUAUAAUGAGAGAUAUUGAUUGUUUCAUCCUAGAAAAUUUUACAACGUGACAUAUUGAGUAUACGCUGUGUUCCCAGGGCAUUUUAACGUAACUCGCCUGUGAUGUAGAAGAAAACCAGGUAAAUACAGGUUUUGGACCAAAAUUCCAAUAGCGUUGCCAUGGAUUUUGAUCAAGGGAGACGGUGACUACAUCAUUCAUAAUAUAGGUUGCCUGGUAACCAUUAUUAAUUUUAUCUCACCUCUCUAUUGUUGAAAAAAAGUACAAACACUAAAAGCAGAGCCGUUCCUGUGACUUGUGCUGGCGUUGUACCGCAGUACAAGAAAUGCCGAUUGCGUUUGAUCUCUCUAUUCCCUGGACUAUUUACUGCUGCAGAUUCAUGACGACAUGCUAGAUGAUGAUAUUACUACAGAAGCACAAGACAGGCAGUCUAAUUCAACAUUGAUGUAUGAGAUAGUUGACAACGGAAAUACAGCAAAUCCCUCACACGACCUAUCUUCUCAAAUCACGCUCAGCCCAGAAGAGAGGUACCGAACGGAAGAGGCUCUGUUUUAUAAUACCUACGAUCCUAAUCUUGGAUAUAACACUGCGGCAAUCCUCGGGGGUUUACUACUGUUUAUACUUAUGUACGUAUUUUAUAGGACAAAAAUUCGCAAACCUUUGAUUAAAUUUGUCAAAGAAAAAUUGAAGGCGUUUAGGAAUGAACCAAUCGUUGCAAACGACAUCGAAGAGAUUGAGGAGGCACUUAUGUGUGACACAGAAGACAAGCCUCAUAAUGUGGGAUUUAGGAGUUUCAAAAGUGAAAGUGAAAACCCGGAUUCAGUAGGAUCAUACAACUACAGACAGUAUAGACUUGGUGAUAUUACCCAGCAUUCCGCCGACGAUGCGCUCAUGUUACCUCAGGUUACAAUCACAGACGACUCGCACGACCCCCUGCCCAUUGUGUUCAUGGAUACAGACGAUUGCACCGCUGAAUGGGUUCAUAAACAGCACGAACUCCUGCAUCCAGGAGGAAUAAUUGUAAAGGUCAAAUCUGAUACGAUAUGUCCUUCUACUAGUGAUUUCUUGGAGGAAGGUAAAGGUCGAAAAGUGUGCUGUCCGAACCCGAAUUGUAUGUUUAACAGGCAAAUUACGGCCUGUGCGCAUUCUCAGAACGCAUUGAACCUCAAUAAGAGUAUCCCUAUGUUUGAUUCUCAUGAGUUACGUGUUCCCUACGAGAGACAGAGUAGAGAUAAAACUCGUCGAAAACGUCCAUUAUUAGUUAAUACUAAGCACCAAAGCCUUUCGUCGGAACCAAAAACUCCGGUCCGAAGGGUUCAUCCUUUUCUAUCAGCACAACAUCAAAGUGUGUCUUCCGAACCCAAAACUCCUGUUUCAAAGAUAAACCCACACAAUUUCCCCAUUCAUAUUCCUCCCAUUAUCAAAAUUCAAAACACGGACAAAACAAGUUGCCAAAAAUCGAAAGAGGGAAGACGAGAUUCUGCGAGUAGCACGUCAUCGGAUGACCCCUUGAUUUAUCGUGUAUCCAGUGAUAAGUGGACUCGUUCUCGUUCUCGUCCCCGCCGGAGCGUGACGGAGGACGCUGGGUACGCGUGUUGCCAGCACCCCCCUGUGAUCCGCCCACCGAACAUCAAACAGCUGAGCGUGGAGGAGGCGUGCCAGCUGGGUCUCCUGAUUCCACAUACCCCUAAAUGUGUCAGUAACUCUCCCUCUUGUCAAAGCAUCUUACAAAUGGAAACACCGUUAUGACGCACAUUGAUGCGACUUUUUUCAUGUUAUUAAAUAUAUAUACCCUUAGAA